AUGUUCAUGGCAUCCACCACCUCAGCUGUGCCCCGGCACCUCUCUCAACCUACCCCAGCAGGCAACGGCAGCGAAGGGGAGCUGUGGACUGCCCGAGACCCGCUGCUAGCCCAGGCAGAGCUGGCCCUGCUCUCCACCGUCUUCGUGGCCGUGGCCCUGAGCAACGGCCUGGUUUUGGGGGCCCUGGUGCGGCGGGGCCGGCGGGGCCGCUGGGCACCCAUGCACGUCUUCAUCGGCCACCUGUGCCUGGCCGACCUGGCCGUAGCUCUGUUCCAAGUGCUGCCCCAGCUGGCCUGGGACGCCACCGACCGCUUCCGUGGGCCCGAUGCCCUGUGCCGGGCAGUCAAGUACCUGCAGAUGGUGGGCAUGUAUGCCUCCUCCUACAUGAUCCUGGCCAUGACGCUGGACCGCCACCGUGCCAUCUGCCGCCCCAUGCUGGCACACCGCCACGCGGGUGGCACUCACUGGAACCGGCCGGUGCUGCUGGCCUGGGCCUUCUCGCUGCUCCUCAGCCUGCCCCAGCUCUUCAUCUUUGCCCAGCGUGACGUGGAUGGCAGUGGGGUCCUUGACUGCUGGGCCCGCUUUGCUGAGCCCUGGGGCCUCCGUGCCUACGUCACCUGGAUUGCCCUGAUGGUGUUUGUGGCUCCUGCCCUGGGUAUCGCUGCCUGUCAGGUGCUCAUCUUCCGGGAGAUUCAUGCCAGCCUGGGGCCAGGGCCGGUGCCAAGGGCCGGCGGGCCCCGCCGAGGGUGCCGGCCAGGCGGCCCUGCUGAGGGAGCCCGGGUGUCGGCGGCCGUGGCCAAGACCGUGAGGAUGACGCUGGUGAUCGUCAUAGUGUACGUGCUCUGCUGGGCGCCCUUCUUCCUUGUGCAGCUGUGGGCCGCGUGGGACCCAGAGGCACCGCGGGAAGGGCCUCCCUUCGUGUUGCUCAUGCUGCUGGCCAGCCUCAACAGCUGUACCAACCCCUGGAUCUACGCCUCCUUCAGCAGCAGCGUCUCCUCCGAGCUGCGAAGCCUGCUCUGCUGCACCCGGAGGCGCGCCCCGCCCAGCCCGGGGCCCCAAGAGGAGUCAUGCGCCACAGCCAGCUCCUUUCUGGCCAAGGACACCCCCUCCUGA